AUGAAGACCCCUCCAGAUUAUCAGGCAUCAAGCUCUCAGUCUCCAAACUCCAACAAGUAUUUGUUUUCUAUAUAUAGCAAGCUUCAAAACUUAAAGAUGCAACACUUGAGCAAGAAUCUCAUAGUGAUAAAAGAAUCAGAGACCUCUGGUUUCAACUUUCCUCACCUUUCUCCAAAACAAAAAUCCAUGGCUAUUCGUUGGGUGUCGUUGAUAUCGAAUACUAAGCAGUUCUUCAGGCUCCAAUCGCGUCUCCAUAGAAACCAGACCGACGUGCCAAAGGGCCAUUUAGCAGUUUAUGUAGGAGAUAUUCAGAAGAAAAGAUAUGUGGUUCCCAUCUCACACCUUAAUCAUCCUUCAUUUCAAGGCCUGUUGCACCGAGCCGAGGAAGAAUUCGGCUUCAAUCACCCCACAGGAGGUCUAAUGAUUCCAUGCAGUGAGAAUGCCUUUCUUGAACUAACUUCUACGAUACAAAUUCAUCAUGCAAGAAACCAAUGA